AGGGAAGGGAAGAGAAGAGAAGAGAAGAGAAUCCGUCCAAGACCAAAACAAAACCCAAGAGACCUCGCCGUCGAAUCGAAUCGAAGGGGUUAGGGCGGCGAUGGGGAUCGGCGAGCACUUUGAGGGCGUCAAGCAGCACUGGGCGCGCAACUUCGCCUUCCUCGACUACUACAAGAAGGUCUACGGCCGCGCCGAGCCGCUCCCCAAGUGGUCUGACGCCGACGUCCAGGAGUUCAUCGCAUCCGACCCAGUCUACGGGCCCCAGCUCAAGGCCCUGCGGGACUCGAGGAAGUUCGCGCUCACCGGGGCCCUCGUCGGCGCCGCCCACCUCGGAGGCAUCGCCUUCAAGUACUCCAAGGCGCCGCACGGUGUUGUGCUGGCUACCGGGUUCGGGGCCCUCACCGGCGCCGUGCUGGGAUCGGAGGUGGCGGAGCACUGGUACCAGCUCUACAAGAUGGACAAGCAGGGGGCCAACCUUAGGUUCAUCUACUGGUGGGAGGACAAGGUCUCAGGCCAGAAGAGCUGAAGUACAUUAAAUGAUGUCUAUUUGAGCAUACCAGCUUGAUAAAACUAUGGUGUCUCUUAUGCGGGAUUCGUAGUUUUUGCUUCCUAGUUUUUUCCAAUAAGGUGUGUAUUGGUUGUGGAAACCAACGGGACAAUGUAUUUUACUCUCUACCAUGAGUGGUGUUUGUACUGAGUACUCUACAGUAUUCAUUCUCGCUCUGGUGAAACAGUAAACCUGAUCUUUUUUCAA